CUGUGUUUCCUUAAUUUGACAGGAAGUUAACUUCAAGCAGACUGACUUGAAUCAGGAUCUCAUUUGGAAAGCAUCCGUAUCCAAUAAACUUUUUAAUUUGGAAAAUACUCGAGUACCAGUGGCUUAUCGUCCUAUAGUUUUCUUUCCAAAAUCCUGCAAUCCCAUGUGGACUUCUGGUAGAAUGAGCAAUGCAAAGAGCUGGCUUGGACUUGGCAUGUCCUUAUACUUCUGGGGAUUGAUGGACCUUACAACCACCGUUCUCUCAGGCAACUCAACACCACAAGGUGAAUUAGAAACACUCCUGUCAGACAAGCCACAGUCACAUCAGCGAACCAAGAGGAGCUGGGUUUGGAACCAAUUUUUCGUUCUGGAAGAGUACACUGGGACUGACCCUUUGUAUGUUGGCAAGCUUCAUUCAGAUAUGGACAGAGGAGAUGGAUCCAUCAAAUAUAUCCUUUCUGGAGAAGGCGCAGGCAUAGUGUUUACCAUUGACGACACCACUGGUGACAUCCAUGCCAUUCAGAGGCUUGAUCGAGAGGAAAGAGCCCAGUACACUUUAAGGGCUCAAGCACUGGACAGGCGGACAGGCCGACCAAUGGAGCCAGAGUCAGAGUUUAUCAUCAAAAUACAAGACAUCAAUGACAAUGAGCCCAAGUUCCUAGACGGACCUUAUGUUGCCACUGUGCCAGAAAUGUCACCAGUGGGUACUUCUGUUAUCCAGGUGACAGCCACAGAUGCUGAUGACCCGACCUAUGGCAACAGUGCCCGGGUGGUGUACAGCAUUCUCCAGGGUCAGCCAUAUUUCUCCGUGGACUCCAAAACAGGUGUAAUUAGGACAGCGCUCAUGAACAUGGACAGAGAAGCCAAAGAGUACUAUGAAGUGAUUAUACAAGCCAAGGACAUGGGAGGGCAGCUCGGGGGAUUAGCUGGGACCACAACAGUCAACAUCACCCUCUCGGAUGUCAAUGAUAACCCACCCCGCUUCCCCCAGAAACAUUAUCAAAUGAGUGUGCUGGAAUCAGCUCCAAUUAGCUCCACUGUGGGAAGAGUGUUUGCCAAGGACUUGGAUGAAGGAAUCAAUGCAGAGAUGAAAUACACUAUUGUGGAUGGAGAUGGUGCAGAUGCCUUUGACAUUAACACAGAUCCCAAUUUCCAAGUUGGUAUCAUAACUGUGAAGAAGCCCCUGAGUUUUGAAAGCAAGAAAAGCUAUACCUUGAAGGUGGAGGGAGCCAAUCCUCAUCUGGAGAUGCGUUUUCUAAACCUGGGCCCCUUUCAAGACACAACAACAGUGCACAUCAGUGUAGAGGAUGUGGAUGAGCCCCCUGUGUUUGAACCUGGCUUUUAUUUUGUGGAGGUGCCUGAAGAUGUAGCAAUUGGAACAACCAUACAGAUCAUCUCUGCCAAGGACCCAGAUGUGACCAACAACUCAAUCAGAUACUCCAUUGACAGAAGCAGUGAUCCUGGAAGAUUUUUCUAUGUUGACAUUACAACAGGUGCCCUAAUGACUGCAAGACCGCUAGAUCGGGAAGAAUUUUCUUGGCAUAAUAUUACUGUCCUUGCCAUGGAAAUGAACAAUCCCUCCCAGGUGGGAAGUGUUUCUGUCACAAUCAAAGUCUUAGAUGUGAAUGACAAUGCUCCAGAGUUCCCCAGAUUCUAUGAAGCUUUUGUCUGUGAGAAUGCCAAAGCUGGGCAGCUGAUCCAGACAGUAAGUGCUGUGGACCAAGAUGACCCACACAAUGGUCAGCAUUUCUACUACAGCUUGACUCCAGAGGCUGCUAACAAUCCCAACUUCACCGUAAGGGACAACCAAGAUAACACUGCCCGGAUUCUAACCAGAAGGUCUGGCUUCCGGCAGCAGGAACAAAGCGUCUUUUACCUUCCCAUCCUGAUAGCAGACAGUGGGCAGCCAGUGCUGAGCAGCACAGGUACACUUACCAUCCAGGUAUGCAGCUGUGAUGAUGAAGGCCACGUCAUGUCCUGCAGCCCUGAGGCCUACAUGCUCCCAGUCAGUUUGAGCCGGGGUGCCCUCAUUGCCAUCCUAGCCUGCAUCUUUGUCCUCUUAGUUCUGGUGCUGCUCAUCCUGUCCAUGAGGCGGCACCGGAAGCAGCCGUACAUCAUCGACGACGAGGAGAACAUCCAUGAAAACAUCGUCCGCUACGACGACGAGGGCGGCGGCGAGGAGGACACCGAGGCCUUUGACAUCGCGGCCAUGUGGAACCCGCGGGAGGCGCAGGCGGGAGCCGCCCCCAAGAUGCGGCAGGACAUGCUGCCCGAGAUCGAGAGCCUCUCCCGCUACGUGCCUCAGACGUGCGCCGUCAACAGCACCGUCCACAGCUACGUGCUGGCCAAACUCUACGAGGCCGACAUGGACCUGUGGGCCCCACCCUUUGACUCCCUGCAGACAUACAUGUUCGAGGGUGAUGGCUCCGUGGCGGGGUCUCUGAGCUCCCUGCAAUCGGCCACCUCAGACUCAGAGCAGAGCUUCGACUUCCUCACCGACUGGGGACCCCGCUUUCGGAAGCUGGCGGAGCUCUACGGGGCGUCGGAGGGGCCCGCGCCCCUGUGGUAA